AGCUAUGAGAGGCUUCAGUUCAACUUUGAAGUUAACAAAGAAGACAGAAGGGUUUUUCUUGAUAUGAUAUGAAAUUUAGCACUUACGAAAUAUCUUCAGCCUACAAUUCAAAUGCUAUCAGGAAACACAAGCUCGGGAAAAUCAAAUCUUCAACUUUAUUAGUUGUGGUGCAAAAUACUAAACUGAAGGGGGAACAGCCAUCGGGCAAUGAAUAUCAAACCCUUCUUCUGUAUCUAAAGAGCCAAACUGGUUUCAAUGUCUGCUUUGACCAUACAGAAGCUGCCAAUGCAAUUGUUGCGUCCAAAGUACUCUUUACUAACAGUGACAAAGUGAGGUUUGCUGGGCUGUUUUUCUCUUUCCUUUCUCAAUUCCUCUAAUAGUAUUUGAAGAAAUCCUUGAACCAAAUUUCCCCUACCUCCGUCCAAAAAUUUCUGCCUUUGCAAAAUUGUUAAGAUGGACAUGCAAUUUAUAUUGGAGUUACACGCGCCAAAUG